AUGCCAACUCCAGGCUUAAACAUCCACAAGCUGUGCGGUAUAACAAUGUCCAAAGGAUACAGCUUUCUUGAUCAAAUAUCUGAUGCUAAGGAGACAUGGAGAAUUAGAGUGAGAAUAUGCAGAAUGUGGAAAGCAGUGAAUAAAAGAAGUGGAAAUAACUUCAUUAGUCUUGACAUGAUCUUUAUCGAUGAAAAGAAAAACUUAAUGCAUGCAAUUGUAAGAAAGAAUGUGUUUCAGAAAUUUAGUACCAUCUUACGUGAAGGAGGAACCUUUAUCAUUUCAAACUUUAAAGUAAUCGUGACAAAUAAAGGUUAUAGACCAGUUUCAAAUGAUCUGAACAUCAUUUUCCUCUUAACAACUUCGGUUAAGGAGUGCAAUGAAGAAAGUGAACUCAUACCUAUGCAUGCCUUUGAAUUUGCAACAUAUGAUUGUAUCAACAAUCGUUUGAAUGACAAUUCUUACCUAACAGAUAUAAUUGGCAAACUUACUGCUGUUGGACCCAUUGAACAAGUUCACUUUCACAAUGGCUCUACAAAUAUAAGAAAUCUCCAAAUUCUACUACCUGAGGACAAAGAGCUACAAAUAUCAUUGUGGGAUGAAAGUGCUGAAACAAUUACUGAAAAUGACUUCAAAGAAGAUGAAGGUCCUUAUAUAAUUAUUGUUACUUCAACAACUGUAAAAGCAUUCAAAGGCAAACUGAAUCUUAACACCACAAGUGCAACUAAAGUUUACGUCAAUUUGGACAUUACAGAGGUUUUUGAGCUCAUCGACAGAUAUAAAGUUGUUGAGGAUGAAUACGAUAAUGUUGUUCGAUCUAUUCCAGCACGUGACAAAAAACCCAAAUCUGAAUCAGAAUUGAUAUUGCAAACUACGAUGUCAUUGGCAGAAAUUAAAGCACUAGAAUGGGUGGAAGGAGUCAAGAAACAGAAUUUGGGUGGAAUUAUAUCUCAUGUCAACUUUGCAAGCGAAAAGUAA